CGACUACCAUCUUGCCUUCGCAGUAAAACCUUCUUCUACUUCUUGUUUUUCUACUUCUAUCGGUCAUGGAGAAGCCACAGGAGGAUGCGCAGAAGUGGGUGGGCGACUCCUCUGUGGAUCACAAGGGCAGGGUUCCUCGCAGAGCCUCCACUGGGUGUUGGAAGGCUUCCCUUUUCAUUAUAGUGAUCGAGUUCAGCGAGAGGCUGAGCUACUUCGGACUGGCCACCAACCUCAUCAUAUACCUCACCAAGGUACUGCACGAGGAGGUGAAGACGGCGGCCAAGAACGUCAACUACUGGAGCGGCGUCACCACCAUGAUGCCCCUCGUCGGCGGCUUCGUCGCCGACGCCUACCUGGGGAGGUUCUCCACCGUUGUCAUCUCCUCCCUCAUCUAUAUCGCGGGUCUCGUCCUGUUGAUGGUGUCGGAGCUGGUCCCGCGGCUGAAGCCAUGCGACCCCAGCAUCUGCGGCAGAUCACUGCGCCUCCACGAGGUCAUCUUCUUCCUGGCCAUGUACUUGAUCUCCGUGGGCACGGGCGGCCACAAGCCGUCGCUCGAGAGCUUCGGCGCCGACCAGUUCGACGACAACCACGACGAGGAGCGGAAGAAGAAGAUGUCCUACUUCAACUGGUGGAACUUCGCCCUCUGCAGCGGGCUGAUGCUUGGGGUCACCAUGGUCGUCUACGUCCAGGACGCCGUCGGCUGGUGGCUGGCCGACGUGGUUCUCACUGCCGUCAUGUGCUUCAGCCUGGUGGUCUUCGUCGUGGGCAGUCCAUUCUACCGCUACCGAGCGCCCGAGGGAAGCCCUUUCAAGCCCAUGCUACAGGUUGUGGUGGCGGCCGCGGCCAAGAGACACCUUCCUCUUCCUUCGGACGCAGGCGAACUCUAUGAGGUUCCCAAAACACAGAAGAGCGAUAAGAGGCUUCUCUGCCAUACUAAUCAGCUAAGAUUCCUCGACAGAGCUGCCAUUGUCGAGCACAAAUACGACGAAGCAGCCUUCGCCGCCGAGAAGCACAACUCGUGGCGGCUGGCUACCGUGACGCAGGUGGAGGAACUGAAGCUAAUACUAUCCAUGGUGCCCAUAUGGCUAGCCGCACUGCCCUUCGGCAUCUGCGUGGCGCAAGCUAAUACCUUCUUCAUCAAGCAAGGAAGCGUCAUGGAUAGGCAGGUGACCAACAGCUUCAAGAUCCCUCCGGCCUCCGUAUACUCCCUCAGUGCCAUCGGCAUGAUCGUCUCGGUCACCUUCUACGACAAACUCCUGGUGCCCUUCCUGAGGAAAGCCACGGGGAACGAGAGGGGCAUCAGCAUCCUCAAAAGGAUUGGAAUCGGCAUGGCGAUCACAACAGUGGCCAUGAUCUCUGCCGCCUUGGUCGAAAGAAAGAGGCUUAGGGUGGCCGUGACAGAACAAACCAGCGUGGUCUCCAUGAGUGUGUUCUGGCUGUUGCCUCAGUUCGUGAUCAUGGGAAUAGGAGACGGGUUCGCACUAGUUGGAUUGCAAGAGUACUUCUACGAUCAAGUUCCCGACGGCAUGAGGAGUCUCGGUAUCGCCUUCUACCUGAGUGUACUGGGAGCCGCCAACUUCCUCAGCAGUCUCCUGAUCACCAUCGUCGAUCAUAUAACUUCAAGGGAAGGAAAGGGAAGUUGGUUUGCCAAGGAUCUGAACAAGAGUCGACUGGACCUCUACUACUGGUUGAUAGCCACCAUAAGUGCUUCAAAGGACGACGAGCAGAGAUUCGUGUUUGACUCCUCGGUUGACCACAAUGGACGAGUUCCAUGCAGAACCUCCACCGGGUGUUGGAAGGCGUCCCUAUUCAUUGUAGCAAUCGAGUUCAGUGAGCGGAUGAGCUACUUCGGACUGGCCACCAACCUCAUCAUAUACCUCACCAAGGUGCUGCGUCAGGAGCUGAAGACGGCAGCCAAGAACGUCAACUACUGGAGCGGCGUCACCACGGUGGUGCCGCUCGUCGGUGGCUUCAUCGCCGACGCAUACCUGGGGAGGUUCUCCACUGUUAUCAUCUCCACCCUCAUCUACAUCGGAGGUCUCCUCCUGUUGACGAUGUCGCAGAUCGUCCCGCGGCUGAAGCCGUGCGACCCCGUCACCUGCGGCAGGUCACUGGGCCUCCACGAGGUCAUCUUCUUCCUGGCCAUGUACUUGAUCUCCCUUGGCACGGGUGGCCACAAGCCGUCGCUCGAGAGCUUCGGCGCUGACCAGUUCGACGACAACCACGACGAGGAGCGGAGAAAGAAGAUGUCCUUCUUCAAUUGGUGGAACUUCGCCCUCUGCAGCGGGUUGAUCCUUGGGGUCACCGUGGUCGUUUACGUGCAGGACAGAGUAGGCUGGUGGCAGGCCGACGUCGCGCUUACUGCCACCAUGGCUUUGAGCCUGGUGAUCUUCCUCGCGGGCAGGCCGUUCUACCGCUACCGGAAGCCGGAGGGUAGCCCGUUCACGACCAUGCUGCAGGUCGUAGCGGCGGCCAUGGCCAAACGGCACCUUCCUCUUCCUUCAGAUGCCAGAGAACUCUGUGAGGUGCCGGAAACACAGACGACUAGUAAGAGGCUUCUCUGCCACACUAAUAAGCUACGAUUUCUGGACAAAGCUGCCAUUAUCGAGCAGAAACACGAUGAAGCUGCAACCGCCGCCGCCGGAAAGCAGAACCCAUGGCGGCUAGCCACGGUGACACAGGUGGAGGAACUCAAGCUAGUCCUAUCCAUGGUGCCCAUAUGGAUAACCGUACUACCGUUCGGCAUUUGCAUCGCGCAGACCAACACCUUCUUCGUCAAGCAAGGAAGCGUCAUGGACAGACAAAUCGGCAAUGGAUUCAUCAUCCCUGCGGCCUCCAUAUUCUCCCUCGGUGCUCUGGGUAUGGUCAUCUCCGUCACCUUCUAUGAAAGAAUGCUGGUUCCCUUCCUGAGAAGAGUCACGGGCGACGAGAGGGGCGUCAGCAUCCUCAGAAGAAUCGGCAUCGGCAUGGCGAUCACAACGGUGGGUAUGAUCUCUGCUGCACUGGUGGAAAUGAAAAGACUUAAGGUAGCGGAGAAUGAAGGAGCCAUUGCGGUCUCCAUGAGUGUGUUGUGGCUGGCGCCUCAAUUCGUGAUCAUAGGAGUUGGAGAUGGAUUUGCGUUGGUCGGCUUGCAAGAGUACUUCUACGAUCAAGUUCCCGAUAGUAUGAGGAGUCUGGGUAUCGCCUUCUACCUGAGUGUAGUGGGAGUGGCCAACUUCAUCAGCAGCGUCUUGAUCACCGUGGUCGAUCGUAUAACUUCGAGAGGAGGAAGAGGAAGUUGGUUUGCCAAGGAUGUGAACAAGAGCCGGUUGGAUCUCUUCUACUGGUUGCUGGCCAUCAUGGGCGCGCUGAACCUGUGUUGCUAUGUGUUCUUGGCAAGAAGUUACUCUUACAAGAAGGUGGUGGGAGUUAUCGAUUCCUCCGAAGAUGAUGUCUAACUCAGCGUAUCGAUGUCCUGCAUUCUUCUCAUUACAUGUAUCAUGUUAUUAUAGUAUCCCUUCACAUGUUCAACAUGUCAAUAAAGCUCAAUUUUCGAAUAGCAAGCUUGGAUUCAUGUUAAACCAGUCUAAAUAUCACCGAACCGGCUGUAAAUCACAUUGAACCGGCACGAACCGGCUCAAUUACUUAUUGAACCGUAUAAAUCGACUUCAUUUACCCCUGAGCCAAGUCGAUCUUCCUAGACGGCAGGCCCAUUCACGCCCAUGCUGCAAGUUGCGGUGGCCGACGUGGCCAGAAGGCGCCUUCCUCUUCCUUCAGACGCCGGAUAACUCUCUGAGGUUCCUAAAACACAGCUGAGCGAUGAGAGGCUUCUUUGUCACAUUAAUAAGCUGAUUAGUACGGCGAAGACGCCUCUCAUCGCUCUUAACCGCAAGCGUGGGAAUCAGAGAGCUUCCCUCGGGCGUAGUCCAAAUUUCUUAAGCCCAACUUGGAAUCGGCUCGCAGUUGGUGCAAUCUACAGAGAGCACAGAUAUCGCUAGGAUUGAUUUGACGUCGAGUGCAUCACCGCGGUGCUCGCUCCUCUCUCUCUCUCUCUUCGCAGGCAAGACACAGUCGGACAUAGCUUUUUGAAGUAUGGCGCAGCGUGUGACACAGUGAUCAGUGGCCCAGUAGUGCCUCGGUAUCAGCGAAUCGACGGAAAACUCGGGCGCUCUCGCUUGCCUCUUCCCCCCCAUCCCUCCACGGACAAGCAAAAGAUCUCCCUCGGCGCUUUAACAAUUCCGCCCGCGAAGAAAGCCAGCAAAGCGAGGUAAAGAGCAGCCAAAAAGAAAGAAAGGUGAUUGAAAACCAAUACCCAGUAGCUGCUGCUGUUCCUGCAACACUAGACUUCCUCCUCUCCUCUCUCUCUCUCUCUCUCUCUCUCUCUCUCUCUACUUUCCCAGUUCGGAAUUCUACAAGGGGUAUUGCACAGAUCGAUGUGACCCUCACCUCCGUAACAGCUGCAUCACACCUCCACACCUGCCCCCCUUCUCCGUCACUACCAAAGCAGCGGUGGUGAUAACAUCACCUCUGGCUUCACAUCUCAACUCGACACGUUGUUGUGGGGGUGAGCUUGAUCGACGUGAUAACCCCUGUUUUGCCUUCAUCAUGUCGCGUAGAUAGGCUCCACGGAGUUGCUACAGGGACGAUCCGACGGCGUUGAGGUGGUGACAUGGCGCGAUCCCGGCGUUCAUUUCUCGUGCUAAAAGGUCCGCCGGCGGGGCCCGGAGACAGCUAAUGGUGGAUGGAACAUCUCAAGAGCGGUGGGGCCACCGGCGGCUUAGCAACAUGCCAACAGCAGCAGCAUCCCACCUGAGCCGAGCAUUCCCGAGUACGUCCACCGCACCAGCAAUCGCCUGCGAGCGAACCGGAAGCAGAGGUGCCUCCCACGUGCGCUAGUCUCUGCUAAUUGGAUGCUCUGUCCCUCUGUCUUGCUCCUCCUGUCAACGAGCAGUCGACGCCCUAACCGUGGGAAACGUGUUAACCUCCUCCCUAAUCGUGUGGGGCUGCACAUUUAUGUUCUAUUGUUAUCGGAAACAAGACAGAUCAUAUUCUCUGCCUUCUAAUGGUUAUUAUUUUUAUGA